AUAUAAGUAAAUAAGGAUAGGUUAGAUGCUGCAAAUCACAUGGGAAGGUGGAGAUCUGCAAAUUCCAUGCCUGUUUUUAAUGCAAUUGUGGAGCAAAUCACAUGGAUGUGGAGAUCUGCAAAUCUCAUGAGUGUCUGGAAGAAAUUCAGCAUUGGCUGACGGAAAACAAACACUACUACUACUCUCGAACUCCGUUUUCCUUUUACACCCAAAAAAUAAAAUAUCUCUACACACCCUCCAUUUACCAACUCUAACUUAGGAUCUCUCCGAAAAACCACCACCAUAACCACAAGCCACUGCAAAAUCCCCGAACAACCAUCAGCUCCACUUUGUGAUUUUUCAGCAACCAUAUGCUGCACUUAAAAUCCCAAAACACUAUGUUUCAGCUCUUUCUGUUGUUAAAAUUUACCACCAUAUUGUUCUCUAUGGUGAAUUCUAGUCCUCCGGAAGAUCCCAUCAUAUGUUCAUCUAUAAACAGAAACUGCACCAUCACAAACUCCUAUGGUGCCUUCCCUGACCGAAGUGUGUGCCGGGCAGCCGACGUUGCUUACCCCACAACAGAAGAAGAGCUCAUCUCAGUAGUAGCAACGGCAACAGAGGCAAAAAGGAAAAUGAAAGUAGCAACUCGUUUUUCUCACAGCAUCCCAAAGCUGGUUUGUCUAGAUGGCGACGAUGGGCUUCUUAUAAGCACGAAGUUUCUCAACCGUAAGUUAGAGAUUGAUCGCAUGGGGAUGACGAUUAGUGUUGAGAGCGGAGUGACAUUGAGGCAAUUGAUCAACGAGGCAACCAAGGUAGGGUUGGCUCUGCCCUACGUACCAUAUUGGUGGGGCUUAACCGUUGGUGGCAUGCUGGGAACUGGCGCACAUGGUAGCACCUUGCUGGGUGACGGGAGUUCCGUUCAAGACUAUGUGAUUCAAAUUCGAAUCGUCACUCCGGCUGGACCUGAGGAAGGCUAUGGUAAGGUCCGGACCAUUGUGAGUGGUGAUCCUGACCUAAAGGCAGCUAGAGUCUCCCUGGGAGUCCUUGGUGUUAUCUCACAGGUUACUCUAAGACUGCAACCACUCUUUAAGCGAUCUAUAACAAUCUCAGUGAAGAAUGAUGUGGACUUGGGAGAUCAAGUGACAAGAUUCGGCUACCAACACGAGUUUGCAGACAUGACAUGGUAUCCAAGUCAGGGAAAGGUAGUGUACCGGAUUGAUGACCGAGUCUCCUCCAAUGUCUCAGGCAAUGGUCUUUAUGACUUCACCGGAUUUCGGUCCACGCUUUCAACAGAACUAGCAAUUGUAAGAACUACAGAGGAAAAUCAAGAAAUGAGAGGAGAUGCUGAUGGGAAGUGCACCGAUGGAAAACUUAUUACCUCAGCUCUCAUUGUCAGUGCCUAUGGCCUGACAAAUGAUGGUAUUGUCUUUACGGGGUACCCUGUCGUCGGAUAUCACAACCGUCUCCAAGCCUCGGGAACUUGCCUUGAUAGCCUUAACGAUGAACUAAUUGAAGUCUGCCCGUGGGACCCUAGAGUUAGGGGACUCUUCUUUCACCAAACUGCAGUCAGCAUCAGUAUGUCCAAAGUCAAAAGCUUCAUUCAGGACGUGCAGAAGCUAGUUGAGCUGGCGCCUAAAGCUUUGUGUGGUGUAGACCUUUAUAACGGCAUCCUUAUGCGGUAUGUUAAGGCUUCAACUGCUUAUUUGGGCAAACAAGAAGAUGCCGUCGACUUUGACAUCACUUAUUAUCGGAGCAAGGACCCCAUGAGCCCGAGGCUUUAUGAAGACAUACUGGAGGAGGUAGAACAGAUUGGCGUGUUCAAGUAUGGAGGACUGCCCCACUGGGGCAAGAAUCGGAACGUGGCAUUUGAGGGAGUAAUCAACAAGUAUGGAAAUGCGGAGGAGUUUUUGAACGUAAAACAGGAUUAUGAUCCACUGGGGCUAUUCUCUAGUGGCUGGACUGACCAAGUCCUUGGUUUGAGAGAUAGGGUGACCAUUGUGAGGGAGGGAUGUGCUCUGGAAGGAUUGUGUGUGUGCUCACAAGACAUCCAUUGUGCCCCAAGCAAGGGCUAUUUUUGUCGACCAGGCAAAGUUUACGAAAAAGCAAGGGUUUGCGCUCGUUAGGUAUUUGAUUUUGAUGAUGAUGUUUUGUUAGAAUGAAUUUCAAUACUAUUAGCAAAAUGAUGAUGUGAAUUGAUUAUGCUUAGUGAAUCAAUGCUGGACAUGUUUUUUUUAAUGGGCUAAUAUAGGCUACAAGCUUA